UACUAAUGCUAAUAAUAUUAACGAACUUUAUCCAAUACGUGUUGGUUUAAGCAUUGUUAUUGAAUUAAAUGACGUUCAAUUUUACUUGAAAAUUAUUGAAGGUAACAAAAAUAAUGCUUAUUUACCUGGAUAUCUUUGUCAAGCAAAUGACAAAUCAAGUGACAUUGAAGAAACAACAAGUGCUGCAUUAACAAACUUGUACCAACAAAUUUUUUCAACAAAAACAAAAUUUUCUGGACUGCGUGAGUUUGGAUUAGAUAAUCAAUCAAUUAUUCUUGAACAUCUUUUGGAGGGUGUUAAUUUUCGGCCUUUUUUUGUUUAUUUUGACAAAUUUCAAAUUUUUGUAUAUAAUAUUGAAAGUUCAAGUCAAGAUGGUUAUGAAGUAUUUAAAGAAUUUUAUGAGAAAGAAGUAUUCAAAGGAAAAACUCCCAAUGAUGUUUGGAAUAAAAUUGGCUUAUUUCCUAUGUUUGAUGGAAAAAAUCUUUUUGGAUUAAUAGAUCUAAGAACUCAACAAAUUAUAAAAAAAAAAUUUCGUCUAGCAUGUCAACCUAAAGAUUGGAUAGAAGAAUCUAAUUUGGAACCAUUGUAUUUACAUUUUCUUAAACAUCAUACACGUACCAAUAUUCAGUGGUAUAAAUGUGAAUUUUGGACAAGAGCAGAAAAUUGGAAAAAAGAUUUAGAAACAAUGCAAAUGUUACAUGAAAAAAGAUUAUUAUAUGUAAAUUUGACUUCUAAAAAAUCUGAAUUAUGCGUCUCAAAUUCAUGUGAGCAAACGAAAAAACUGGCUACAACUAUCGCUAAAGCAAUUGAUAAUAAUAAGAAAGAAGUUAAUGGUAAACGAAGAAUUCUUUCAAUAAUUGCUGAGGAUUAUAGUUUAAAACAAUUGAAAACGCUAAAUGCAUUACGUGAAAAACAAAAGUUUGGUAAAAAAGGUGGUGAUAAAAGAAUUCUAAAGGAAGUUGUUGAGUUAUUGAAAGGUUAUUUCCAUAGCGGAAAUACACCUGGUAAGUCACAUUUAUCAGCUGAAGAUAUGAUGAGAGAAUUACAUAUGGCUGCAGAAAUGGGACAUUUGGCAAAAGAAAAAAUAUUACAGAAAGUUGAUACAAUUAGAGGGUGGAUCUCAAGAUAUUCAGCGUAUAUAAAGGCAGAAGCAGCAGAAAAAGUAUUAACUACCAGUGGUAAUUUCCAGUAA